GAACGGUCUCAACGUCAGUAGGGCACUGUUUCAACAACUCACCAAAUCUUCUCUAGAUUGUGCUCACCAGUAACUAUUUCGGAUCACACGGAUUAUAUUUACACCAGAGGAUGUGAUUUAAAAUUUAAUAUAAUCCAACUCUGUGUCCCAUCUUGGACUAAAUUCUUUUGCAGAGAAGAUAAAGAACUGGGCAGGAUUUACCUUGAUGUCAUGACGAAACACCUACUUGGAGGAUAAUGCAUAGAUUCAUGCACCAUGUGAAAAACAUAUUACAACUUUUUCUUUUGUUUGAUUUGCUGUUGCUGUCCAGAGGUCAAUUCCAAGGUCAAGCACCAGGAAGCGCUGGACUAUUUCCUAAUGGAGCGGGACCACUAAGAGACGGGGCCUCACCGCCAUUGUUUAACAACAAUGGCAAUGUGAGGCCAAAUAGGGACGAUGACGAUGACGGCGAUGAUACCGCCGAUGAAUCUGCUAGAAAUCCAAUUCCAAAGAACAGUUUACCCAAAAGUGCUCUCCCCGGAAGAAGACGGGGUGCCAUACGGUCUAAGGGUGUAUGUAGGGAUGGCUGGAAGUUAGCUGAGAUGAACAAUGUGCCUAUUUGUAUAUAUGUCAACCACAAGGAAUUAUCUUGGGAUGAGGCUCAGGAUAGCUGUCGACAGGACUUCGGAUUCCUUCUAAAAGCCGAAGCUCCUGUAUACGUCGACUCUAAGAGCAUUGGUGAAUAUCUUCGUCGACAAGAGAUUAUAAACAUAUGGACGGGCUUACACGAGGAAGAAGGCACUCUUGUGUGGGAUGAGCUUGCACCUCACAAAGUGAGACCGUAUAAUGAUUUCAUGGAAUCCAGACUUAAAGACGACCGUACCUGGGACUGGGAAAUCGACGAUACCACAGAUGACAGCGACAUAUGUGGAAACCUAGACCUAAGUAGAGUUAAAAUACCACAUCAAGAGGAAAUCUUAAAUCGUCGACGUAAACGUAGCAAAAUAAGAGAAAAAGUAAAAAUUCGAAAGCGACGAAAUCCCGAAGAAAAUCCUCAUCCAGAAAUGGCAUUUUCUCAACUGUUAACAGAAACUUUAACACAACGACCUAUUGAUACGAUAUUUCAAAACACAGAAAGACCACCUCAGAGGCCAUUUAGACAAUACGGUAAUGACAGGAUAAGAGAUACUCCACCAACAAAUUCUGAAAACUCCGAGACAAACAAACCUUUCCGAGAUCUGGCAUUUUUAAAAGAUAUUCAACCUCAAGAGGGCGCACAGACCCCACAACCAGAACAGCAACAACAGCAAAACUUGUAUGGUCAAAAUUCCGAAUGGCCGUCUUCGUCUGAUUUUGGUGAAGGAGAGGGCGUUCAAAAUCCGGUGCUGUCUGAAAACGUACCUGAAAAACAAGUGCAUGUAACAAAAAUAAGUAAACCUGAUAUCACUAUUGAACAACAACAAUCAGAAGGAAUCCAAUCAAUACCGGACCCUGGAAAUUGGAAUUCCAACAUAAGAAUGACCAGUGAUCCGUCUUCUGUAGUACCAACCUCUGUCCUGCAGAGUUCCAGAAAAAACCUGGAAGAUAUAACUCCCCCACCAAAUGACGAUGGAGAUAAUGAUGCCACCAUACCAACCAAUAUGAUCGACAACAACGAAAUCAACGUGGAUGUCCCAACUCCAAAACCUCUUGAUAAGGAAGGUAUCCUUGAUAUUGUUUCUGCAAAAAAGGAUAUACAUGUCGACAUUCCAGAGUUGAACCCUCAACCAUUUGUUACAAAAAAGAAGACGCUGUCAGAUGAUACUCAACAAAGCCCGGAUGUGGAUAUGGCACCGGAAACACAGGACGAUAUUUUAAGGACACUGCCUGUGACGAAACCGUCAAUCGAUACAAAAGAACAGAGAAACGAUUUUCACGUUACACCACCCUCAGAAACUAAUGACAAAGCCGUUAACUUGGAUUUCAUAAAACAUGCAGAGAUGACUUCACAAACAACACCAUCCAUAAAGGCCUCCCAGAUGAAACACGUAGAACAGCAUGAAAGUGAUUCUGAUAACAUUGCACCUUCAUUUUCAUUUAUCCCAACAGUACCAACAUCCGAUGAUGAAGCUCCUGUGAGUAACAAUGUUGAUAUUUCCACAACAAAUUCAAAUUUUGACGACGUCACAACACCAGGAACAGUCCAUGUUACAGAUCCCACUAAGGAAGUCGCGCCCAUGACUGGUGCAACUCAAAUAAGUAUUCCAGACAUGCCUGAAAUAAGUACUGCGCCCACUUCCAUGGGAGUUCCUUUGAGGAGACCACCGACUAUUAAUGGUCAUGACAGUGAUGAUACUACUAAAGGUGAGACGAUUCGAGGAAGUAAACAAGCACGAAAAACAAGUAAAUCAGCAACGGUUGACCCUAGUGUCGAUUUCGCAUCCCCAGAUCCGUUAAUCAACACUUUAGGUUUAAUUGGCAAGAUCCAAUCCAAUUCGAACAUGUCAGACUCGUCUAACACAACCGAUGAUAUUAUCAAAACAUCAGGAACAAGUUCAGAGUACCUUAAAACUACUAAAGAUGAUCCCGAUGAAUCAGAAAGUAAUAGCGAUACCACAGGAGAAAGUGAUACUAGUAGUGGUAGUGAAAGCAAAGACGGGAAAGAUUCAGAAAGUGAUUCUAAUGAUACUAAUGCCAAAGGAGGAAGUUAUGAUAACGAUGUUAAAAUCAAAGUUGUUUUCAAUGUCACAGAAGGAAGCGGUCAUAAAAUCGUUCAAAAUAUACUUUCUAAUACUACUGACGAGAAUGACAACUAUGAUGAAGUAUCAAACGGUAUCGAAAAUGAGAGCAUCGAAAGCGUUGAAAACACCACUUUGACAGAUGAUGGCAAACAAAACAAUGCAGCUAAUGAUAAAGAUGGAUCCUACCAUGACAGAAAUGAGUUCACCGAAAGUAAAACGGCUUUAAAUUCUACUGACAACGAAGACAAUGACAGGGAUGAAAGUACAACCGUUAUUAUGAAGCAUACAACAGCAAACAACGAAACUAAAGACAAAGAUUCUCGAAAUGAUGAUUCUGAAGAUAGCGCAUCUGCAUCAGUCGAUAGUAAAAUGGAUAACAAGGAAAACAAGGAUAACUCAGAUAGCAACGACUCACAUAAAAGUGGAGAUACUAAUACCUAUGGUAAUAUCAGCAGCACUUCUUUACCUGAUGAUCCUACAGAAUAUGACAAAAAUGGAGGCGAACUUUUCGAAACGGAUGAUGCAGCAGAAUACAGCAAAGACAAAGAAAUGAUCGAACCGAAUGAUACAAAUGAUAAAAUGAAUAUAAAUGAUGAAUCUUUGGGUGAUUUGAGCAAGGACACAAAUAGUACCGAAGGCGUUGAGACAGUUGAGAGUACAGAGAUGGGUGAUAAUGAUGUUUCUACACAAAACGUUAUUGGAAUACUUUCAACAACGCACUCCGGAGUAGAUGACGGUGAUGGCGAUGAAGACAAGAAGCAAUCCGAAAUAAACGAGGAUAACCGCAAAGAUAGCGACCAAAGACUCAGUGACGAGAAUGUAUCCAGCACAACUGCAAUUUCGGCAUUAGAAGUGAAAAAUGACAAUAGCGAAAUCGAAAGCAAUGAUAACGAACACGAUGACACCAAAAGUACAGUUCAUAGUUUGAACGAAAAGAUCAAAGAGAGUGCGACAAUCGCUCAUAAUGAAAAUGACGAUGAUAAAUCGAGCGAUAUGAACAUAGAAAAUACUACAAGUAACAAUGAUGAAGUUUUAAGUACAAAGACUACUACUGAUGAUAGUCAAGCAGGUACUGAUGAUGUUUUGGAAGAUAAAACUGUAGAGGACACUUCAACUAAAGACACUGAAGCCGAUGAUGAUGUUUUGAACGAUAACAGUGUAGAGAGCACUGCAACAAAGGAAAAUAACACUAAUGAUGAUGAUCUUUUGAACGAUGGCAAUGUAGAGAGCACUACAGCUAAUGACAGUGAAGCGGAUGAUGAUAUUUUGGACGAUAAAGGUGUAGAGAGCACUACAACUAAUGACAAUGACGGCGAUGAUGAUGUUUUGGACGAUACCAGUGUAGAGAGCAAUACAACUGAUAGCAGUGAAGCCGAUGAUGAUGUUUUGGACGAUAAGAGUGUAAAGAACACUACAUCAAAUGGCAAUGACGGCGACGAUGAUGUUUUGAAUGAUAACAGUGUAGAUAGCACUACAGCUAAUGACAGUGAGGCCGAUGAUGAUGUUUUGAACGAUGAAAGUGAGGGAAGCUCCACAUCUGAUGACAGUGAAGCCGAUGGUGAUGUUUUGAACAAUAAAAGUGAAGAGAGCACUACUACGAAUAGCAAUGACGGUGUCGAUGAUGAUGCUUUGAACAAAAAAAGUGUAGAAAGCACUACAACUGAUGGCAGUGAAGCCGAUGAUGAUGUUUUGAACAAUGAAAAUGAAGAGAGCUCUACAACUGAUGACAGUGAAGCCGAAGAUGAUGUUUUGAACAAUGAAAAUGAAGAGAGCUCUACAACAAAUGACAAUGACAGCGAUGAUGCUUUGAACAAUAAAAGUGAAGAAAGCACUACAACUGAUGACAGUGAAGCCGAAGAUGAUGUUUUGAACAACAAAAGUGAAGAGAACUCAACAACAAAUGGCAAUGGCGGCGAUGAUGAUGAUGUUUUGAACAAUAAAAGUGUAGAGAGCACUACAGCCAAUGAAACCGACGAUGAUGACUUAAAUGAUAAAAGUGAAGAGAGCACUAUAACGAAUGGCAAUGACGGCGGAGAUGACGAUAACGAUGUUGGUGAUGUUUUGAACGAUAAAAGUGAAGAGAGCACAAUAAAUGACGACAGUGAAGUAGAUGAUAUUUCGGAAGAAAACGGCUCUGAAAAUGCUAUAAUUGAUGACAGUGAUUCGAACGAUGAUAUUUCGAGCAAGGAAAACAAAGAAAAUAAGGACAAUGAAACAGAAGAUGAUGAUACGAACGAUGAUAAAGACGACAAAGUUACAUCAAUACCAAUCGAUUUGGAACUGAUGGAGAGCAUACAAGAGGCUGAUGAAAUGAGUAGCGCCACAUCAGAAGAUAUAAAUAGUUCAAAUGAAAGCAACCAUGAUUUGAAUGAUGACGACGAACUUGAUGAAAGUAACGAUUUAGUAGAGGAUUACUUAGAACAUAGCAAUAGCGACAAUUUUGAUGAUAUCAAUGAAAUAGAUAGUGUAGUAAUACCAACAACGUUAGUUGCAAGAAAACCGACAGAAAAUGAUCAAGAAGAAGUUGAAUUUGAUAUCACGAGCGAGGAAAAAGUCGAUGACAGGGAAGACAGCGAUGACCUGUCGACACUCGGCGAUGAUGUACCAAUAGGGGAUUUCAUGACACUACGGACAUUCGUCGUAGAAGAAGAAGAAUCGGAUGAUAUUGGUGAUGACCUACGGAGGAACUUUGCAGGAAGAAACACAGAAUUGAGAAUCAAUGAACAUUUAGGUCCAUUUGAAGAAAUCGAAGAAUUCGUACCUCCCGCCGACAAACGAGAACACAUCUUACACUCUAAUCAGCGACAUAGGAAGGCGCUUGGCAUGAAGUUGUCUCAAUGUAAUAUCCGUAAACCAUCUGUUUGUUACAGCCCACCAAUUGUGCUUGAAGAUACAGCGUCGUCCUGUCCUCCUGGCUGGUAUGGCCACAUCUUUUCCAAGAAGUGUUAUAAAGUAAUCAUAUCCAGAAUGCCUUUUACUGCUGCAAUGGAACGUUGUAAAAACGAAGGUGGAAGGUUGGCCUCUAUGGGAAACAGUAAAUUUAACGCUGACUUAGUGUUAAUGAGCAUCCUGAAAUCUCAAACAGAAGGUUUUGUUGUUGGACCAUCAAGCACGUUCUGGGUAGAAAGGCUACCUUCCACUGUUCAAUGUCGUGCUCUUACUGUCAAUGGAUAUAUGGAAACAUCUUGUAAUAGUCCUGCCGAGGUAGUCUGUGAAAGGGACUCCCUAUUAAAAGUGCAAGAAAAAGACUAUGAUGUUGAUGAUGAUGACGAAGACACUUACGAGAUUGAAGAUGACGAGGAUAUCCACGAACCUGAGCGAGUUUAUUUUUCAUCGAAAGAUGAAAAUAGUAAACUACAAUGUGGACUUAUCAAUAAAAACAAGGAGCUGCCUACUGUUUGGUUCAAAGAUGGAAAAAUUGUCGACAUAAAACUGGAACGAAGGUCUCCGAGUUUGGUGUCGUUACUAGGGGUGAUGGGUAGACCCCUUACACCUCUUCCUGAACCUGCGUUAACGACUUCAAAUGCAUUGGAACUUGGUCCAAUGUUCCGGAAAACGUUAGAGUAUUCCAGCAGCCAGAAACUCACCAAUGAAAUGUUCCAGGGCAACUACUGGUGUGAGGUGUGGGAAAUGCAUCCAUUUAAUCGACGCCGGUCUAGGUCCUACUCCGUCAAAUACUCUGAUGUUAUCACUUUCCGGGGGACCAUUGAGAUGCCUGAUAUGUCACAUCAAGGAAUCAUUCUUCACAACAUGAUAAACCAACAGGAUGAUAAGCUGUCUAAUAUCAUAAAAGAUAUCAACUACAUCAACGAAAAGAUUCUAACCGUUCUACAGCAAAAUAUACCUACCAUACAGAGCGUUGCCACCUAUGGAAGCAAAAUAGAAGACACGCAGCCAUUAACACUAGGAUACUACACUUUCCUGAAAACGAUGGACAACUACACAAUGGCAGACGAGAAUAUGGCGUAUUUGGUUCUCCGAAAAGAGUUACGAGAAACAAUGAAGAAUACACAAAUGUUACUGACACUGCCUGGGAAGACACCUAUCCAUAUCGUCCGAUCAAUCGACUUUACAAGUACAAUCGCCUGUCCGUUAGAUCACCUCAAAGAUGAAGAUACUGGUCUAGUAGCAACUUUUCCUCGAUCAUCCAUUGAUACUAAAGUAAGCAGUAUCGAAAUAUGUGAGGGAUCUGUAGCAGGACGUGCUUCAUGUAAGGGUGAUUACGAAACAGGAGCGUACUGGACAGAUAUCUCGGUCACCAAAACGUGUAACAACGAGAGUCAUACUCUGUCAGAAGAAACGGCAGAGGAGGAGGAGGAAGACGAGGACGAAGGUAUAUUUGAAAAAAUGACAGUAGAGGCCAGACUGAAAGAACUCGCUGAGAUGGACAUGGAAGAUGACAACGUAGAAGGUAUAAUGGAGGAGACCGCUAGCAUUGUUGAGAAAGUUGAGGAGAUGACUGCUCUUGAUGUGGACUAUAUAGCGGACAUCAUGGACAAAACGGUCAAGGUUAAUAAAAUAACCAAAGAGGUGGGUAUGAAUGUACUGAAGACGAUGGACAGAGUAAUGAACAUCGAUGAAGAUGAGAUAGAGAAGGCUAAUGACGUUUCUCAAGCAAGUAACAGAAUUCUGAAGAGUUUUGAGAAGGUCGCGGAAAAUAUUUACUUGGAGGAUGACGGUAACCUGCGAAUUGUUACGCCUAACGUCGCCCUGGAAGUGUGGAAACUGAAACAAAUGGAGAGGCCUAUCAUAGGACUGGCGGCUCGCCAAGGCAGGGGUGGAAGGUUGGACGAAGUUUUCAACGAAGACAGAAUAUUUACUAUCUACAACCAGACCGAAAUGUACGGAGACAUUGACGCAGCCAUUGAAUUGCCUUCUCAACUCAUCGCCUCAGAAAUGAUUGAUGGCAAAGGUAUUAAAGACGACACAAGACUAUACAUGAUGGUAUACCGAGAUGGAAGACUAUUCAAUGGAAAUUCGAAAGGAGCAGACAAAAUUGAUGUCACAAGAGACCUUCGUCUUGGAGUUUUAAACAGUUAUAUUAUUUCUGCCAGUAUAAGUGGUCGACAAAUCAAAGGACUGAAACAGAAAGUUAAAACAGUCUUCAAACCACUUCAGUCCCCGGCAAACGAUGAGCGUAAAUGUGCAUUUUGGGACUUCGAAUUGAACAACAAAGUUGGCGGCUGGUCCACAGCCGGCUGCAUGUAUAACGGUCAGGUGAAUGGACGAGAUAUCUGUUUGUGUGACCACCUUACCAACUUCGCUGUUUUGAUUGAUUUUUAUGGACAAGCCGAACCAGUGGAUCCUGAUCACGAUUUUUCCCUCAGCAUUAUCUCCCUUAUUGGACUUAGUCUUUCCAUCCUGGGACUGUCUCUUACCAUCAUAUCAUAUGUCUUCUUUCGAAAACUCCGACAAGGUCGUGCUCAGCAGACCCUGUUCAACCUUGCCCUGGCAAUGCUGUGUUCGUGGGUUGUGUUCCUCACUGGUAUCAGACAGACGCAUAACUUCAUCGGAUGUAUCAUUGUCGCAGUCCUUCUUCACUAUUUCAUCUUAUCAUCGUUCAUGUGGAUGUUGAUGGAGGCCUUCCUCCAGUAUCUGACCUUCGUCAAGGUUCUAGGUACAUACGUCACCAGAUAUACACUAAAAACCGUUGUCAUCGCUUGGGGAUUGCCUUUAAUACCUAUUAUCAUAGUAUUGAGUCUUGACCCCAACCUCUACCGUGGAGGUGACAGAUACUGCUGGAUGUCCUUGGAAGCAUUUUACUACGCCUUUGCCCUACCUAUUGGUAUUAUUAUCCUGUGUAACCUUGUCGUGUUCAUACUGACCGUCACCAGUAUAUGUCGGCGGCCAACUGGACUCCGCAGCAACCAAUCAAAACAGAAAAUAGCCAUCACGAACUUACAGGCUGCCAUCACCAGCUUUGUAUUACUUGGUUUGACGUGGCUGUUGGGCUAUCUUGCUAUAGCAGACGCCCGUGUCGUCUUUCAGUAUGCUUUCACCAUCCUCAACUCCUUGCAAGGAUUCUUUAUUUUCGUACUGUUUGUCGCCCGGAAGAAACAGGUGCGUGAUCAAUGGCUAAUUGUAUGUUGCUGCAAAGAUCCGAAGAUGGAAAAGGCUCUAAGGUCUCUCUCAGCCUCAGCUUCAAUACCGAGCACAUGCAGCGGAAGGAGUUCCGGUAGCUACAGCGGGAGGAGUGAUAGGUCUGACUCUACGCGAACGACAAGCAGUUUCGUCAAUAACGAUUACGAGACGAUAUAUACAGUUCCGUAUUCAAAGCAUUCUCGAGAGUCCCUGUAUUACAGAAAAGUAUAAUACCGAUAUUAACAAUAUUGUAGAUAUUUCUGCAAACUUUCAUAUGUCAGUUUAUUAGUUUGUUAACAUACGAUAAUGUUCAAGAUUACUUGUUUUAACUUCGUUAUAAUCUUGGGACUUUCGGAAUUGAAGGCAUAGGAUCAAUAUUAAAUUAUUAUACAUAAAAGGAAAACAACAUUAUGCAAGCACAUGAUAGAUGUUUGCAAAAAAGCAAUGACAAUGCUGCCAAUCAAGACAAAACUAGUGUGCCAAUAAUGUCACAGCUGUUGUUACGUCAUUCAAGGGAACCGGAUACUGCAGAUUGCUGUUGAGCUUCUGCGUAACCUAAAUGUUUAAAUUAUUCAACAGGACGUCAGUACGGCCAGUUAAGAUUGCAAACAAAUCUAGAUAGUGAUAUCAGCACAACCCUUAAACAGACGAAGUAGCAAACGUAUAUAACUAUUUAACAUGAAAUCAACAAGGUUGAUAUAUAUAUAUAUAUAUAUAUACGCAUAAUGUGUCUCUCAUCGUUCUCUCGCAUUGAUUUGUUGAUAUAUAAAUGAUCAUAGCUAUAUUAAAGGUGACCCGGUACAAAAAGUCUCAUAACAUACUUGCUUGUAAAAUGUCUCGUUUAACUUACCUAAGCUGUACGUUUUGUUGAAGUAAACAUUGUUUAGUAUUAUUUAUUAAUGUUAUAUAUAAAGUUGUUUAUCAUAAUUUUAUAAAUUGAGGUAUCGUUUUUUUUAAAUUCAAACCUUAUAUUUUGUAACUCUGAAAUUAAUUAUAUUUAGUAUUAUCGGUAGUUAUAAAUUCUUGUAAAAUAUCUUCAUAAUUUAUGUGAUAAAAAUCAUUGUUGAAUCUGUCUUUGUAGUAGCAUUGUACAUUACCAUGUUGAUAUGACUCGUAUCAUAGAAUUCAGGAAAGGAAAUAUCUGUGUAAUACUGAAAGCAAUAUCAUUCUUCGUGCUGAUUUACUACCGUUAUAUAUGUUGUACUAAUGUAUGUCUCAUCUCUCGUCAGAUGGACUCAUCUAAAAGCCUUAUCGUUCAAUUACUAUGUUUUUAAGGAAAUGAUUAUAGUUUUAUCAUUUAUUUGUAACUUAGAGUAAAACUAUUUUAUCAAUUUUGAAGUAUUUCUGUAUAACGAACCAUUAUGGUCGUAUAUUUAAAGCGAUGAGACGAGAAUAUUGAGUGCUAAUCUAUCUAAUUCCUUUAUCUUUUUACAAUGUAACAGUCAGGUACAGCGAUGAUCGUAUGACUUGUACUGAUAUAAAACUCGUGUGGUUUACACACGAAGAGUUUCUAUUAUGUCUUUAUCAUAUAUCUUUAUAUUUAUUAUAUGUCUCAAUACACUUUCAAAAGAAAGACUAAUGUACUAUACAGGACAAUCAAUGGUAUAUUUAAUACCUAUGAUUCCUGUUUUAUUACCAACCUAUAGGGUUUCGUCUCGUAUGGUUUGUAUACUACAAGGUAGACGAAAAUUGUCGGAGUAUUUCCUGGUACAAUAUAAUGUUUAGAUAUGUAUUUUUUUUCUCAAACAGCAACAUUGAUAAUCAGAUACAAAUGUAUUAAAAUAAGUUCGGUAUGUAAAAAGAUUAAUUCACUGUAACGGCAUAUUUUCCACGAUAAAUUGUAUGAAAUGUCAUUCAUGGUUAAUAAACGAUUUAUUAAUUCAACGCACUUUUAGAAAGUAAUUGAUUCGUCGUGUCUAAUACUACAGUGCCUUGCCACAAACACUUAUAUGCAGUAUAGAAUUUUAACAUGGCAGGUUAUAACAAAGAUUAAUAACAGCAUGCAUUGUUAUUGUACUAUAAAGACACUAAUGUCAGAAUUCAUCGUAAAGGAGAGCUUUUUAAUGUCAGAUUUCAUCGUUAAGGAGAGCUUUUCUAUGUAUUAAAUUGCAUUCAUAUUGUCAUGCAAUUCAUAAAUUCAUGUAAUAAACAAUUUCAUCAAAG